GAUUGAGUUUAAAAAUUCAAAGGGUUUGACAUUUUGACAAGGAUGAGAUACACAAUUGUGGGAAAAUAAAUAUCUAAUCGGAGUACUACUAACAAUAAAAUAAACAUGAGGUGAGAACAAAAAUUGAAACAAAGUUGCUUGAAUUGUUGCCAUCUCUCUAAAUUUCAACUUUCUGGGCUCUAACUUCUACUCCAUCUCCGAUCUCAAAUCUUUACUGAAUAACAAUAUCUCCUUUCUCUAAAUCCGACCCAACAAUGUCCGGUUUGUGUUCUUGGCUCCACAGCAGGAUCGUCGAACCCCUUCUCCAAAUCUUACGCAGGGGUGCAGAGCCUAAGCUAUUGGCGUUUUCAUCAGCUCUUGGUCUUACAUUGGGUGUAUUCCCAAUAUGUGGGGUUACUAUAUUUCUGUGUGGAUUGGCCAUUCCGUUGUUGGGGUCACGUUGCCAUCCUGCAAGUGUGCUGCUGGCAAAUUUUGUGGCUACUCCCAUUGAGUUGAGUUUGGUGAUACCCUUCUUGCGUCUUGGUGAAGCUAUUUGUGGCGGUCCUCAAUUUCCGUUGACCUCUGAUGCUUUGAGGAAGGUCCUGACUGGACAUGCUUCAACUGAAGUUCUUCUAAGCAUACUUCAUGCGAUGGUGGGGUGGUUGGUUGCAGCACCAUUUAUCCUGGCUCUGCUUUACGUUAUAUUUUUGCCAUGUUACAAAAUUCUUGUGCAGAAAUUCAGCUCUGCCUCCUUAAACGAAAAGCUAAAAAGUGAUGAAGAACUUAGGCUCAAGGCCACCUUGAUUGAAUAGACAAUAUCCUCAUGGGUUUGUUUAGUUGAAUCGAUUGAUCUGAUCAGAAGAUGUUCUUUGCACAAAGAACUACUAAAUCUUUAUUCAACUGUAUUUAUGUACAUCUGAAUCCGAAUCUGCUGAUCAGUUUAUUCUGCUAUCUGUUUGGAGGGUGACGGUUCUUGUUGAAUUACAGUCGAAAGAACUAUGAAAAGUGACCUUGAUUCCCACUCAUAAAACUCAUUUCUCAUAUGUAAAUAACCAAAAUGUGAAGAGAGAACUCAUCCUUGUAAAGUUUGUAUAUUGUUGUGCUAAGAUCACAGUUUGUUUAUUACCAUUGUCGCGGAUCAUUGA